AUGACGGAUAUAGGGAGAACCAAGUCUAGAAAUUACAAAUGUUCUUUUGACGGUUGUGAGAAAGUCUACAACAGACCUAGUUUGCUUCAGCAACACCAAAAUUCGCAUACCAAUCAAAAGCCGUAUCAUUGUGAUGAGCCGGGAUGUGGCAAAAAAUUUAUAAGACCGUGCCAUCUACGAGUUCACAAAUGGACUCAUUCACAAAUCAAGCCCAAAGCGUGCACAUUAUGUCAAAAAAGAUUUGUCACAAAUCAGCAAUUAAGAAGGCAUUUAAAUAGUCAUGAAAGAAAAAGCAAGCUUGCAUCAAGAAUUGACCGUAAACACGAAGGAGUGAAUGCGAAUGUGAAAGCAGAACUCAAUGGCAAGGAGGGAGGUUUUGACCCAAAAUUACCUUCCGGCUCUCCAAUGUGUGGUGAAGAAUUCUCGCAAGGUCAUUUGCCUGGAUAUGAUGACAUGCAAGUGCUACAAUGCCCAUACAAAUCAUGUCAAAAAGUUACCAGCUUCAAUGACGAUCUAAUAAAUCAUAUGUUGCAACAUCAUAUAGCAAGUAAGCUUGUUGUACCAUCUGGAGAUCCAUCUCUGAAGGAAUCGCUUCCAACCUCUGAGAAAUCCAGCAGCACCGACACUACAUCCAUUCCACAACUUUCAUUUAGCACUACUGGGACAAGCAGUAGUGAAAGCGUUGAUAGCACUACGGCACAAACCCCAACUGAUCCAGAGAGUUACUGGUCGGAUAACCGGUGCAAACAUAGUGAUUGUCAAGAGCUUAGUCCAUUCGCAUCUGUAUUUGAUCUCAUUGACCACUAUGACCACACGCACGCCUUCAUUCCUGAGACGCUGGUAAAGUACAGCUACAUUCAUUUAUAUAAGCCUAGCGUCUGGGAUUUAUUCGAAUACUGA